UCGGAAAAAUAGACUCGUUCUGGAAUUAGACAAUAUGGCGGCCACCGAAAAGGGAAGGAAAUGAUAUACAAAUCUGAUUAAUUUUGACUAUACAACCCUUAUACAAUUAUCGAUAAUGUUUCCUGAGUAUAUAAAAGCAUGACAUAAAAGCACAAAUAAUGUAGCGUAGCAUUUGUAGUGCCAUGAGCGGUGUAGGGGGCUAAUUUACACCCUUUAUUUUGUUCAAAUGAAGAAUGGGCGCACAACAAGGAAAAGAAGGAAAAAGUAGUAGCUCAAGUAAACCUAAGAGUAAAACAAAAGAUCAGUCUCGACCAUCACCCGGAAAUCCUUCUAUAUUUACAGAUCCGACUGAUUCCUUGCUGCAGACACGCCCACUACCUGAUGCCCCCUUAGGUCUGCUAGAUACAAAAUGGAUGUCUAAAGAAAAUCUGUUAGCCAAUCAGGGUGAAGAUGACCCAAACCUGUUUGUUGCUUUGUAUGAUUUCCAGCAAGGUGGUGAAAACCAACUAAGUAUAUUUAAAGGUGAACAAAUAACUAUCCUUGGUUACAACAAAGGAGGGGAAUGGUGUGAGGUUAAAAACAAGGCCAAUGACCUUGGCUGGGUGCCUAGCAACUACAUCGCCCCUGUCAACAGUCUGGAUAAAUUCUCCUGGUACCAUGGUCAGAUAUCUCGUAAUGCAUCAGAAUACCUCCUAAGUAGUGGUAUAAAUGGAAGCUUCCUUGUUAGAGAAAGUGAAAGUAGCCCUGGUCAGAGGUCGAUUUCUGUCAGAUUUGAAGGUCGUGUAUACCACUACAGAAUAAGUGAGGAUUCUGAUGGCAAGGUGUAUGUUACAGCAGAACACCGGUUCAACACCUUGGCUGAACUGGUCCAUCACCAUUCAAUUCACUCAGAUGGACUGGUAACCACUUUACUAUAUCCCGCUCCUAAACGCCAGAAACCUACCGUAUUUGGUCUGAGUCCAGAACCAGACCGAUGGGAGAUAGAAAGAACAGAAAUAGCAAUGAAACAUAGAUUAGGUGGUGGCCAGUAUGGAGAUGUAUAUGAAGCAAUAUGGAAGAGAUACAACAAAACUGUGGCAGUUAAAACACUUAAGGAGGAUACCAUGGCAUUAAAAGAUUUUCUUGAAGAGGCGGCCAUUAUGAAAGAGAUGAAGCAUCCUAAUCUAGUCCAGUUACUUGGUGUUUGUACCAGGGAACCACCCUUUUACAUUGUAACAGAGUUCAUGCCUAAUGGAAACCUCCUUGAUUUCAUGCGUAGUGCUAACAAGGAAGAUAUAGGAGCCACCAUUCUUAUGUACAUGGCAACACAGAUAGCUUCAGGAAUGGCCUAUCUAGAGGCUAGAAUGUUUAUACAUAGAGAUUUGGCAGCUAGAAACUGUCUGGUAGGGGAAAGCCAUCUACUUAAAGUAGCCGACUUUGGUUUGGCCAGAUUAAUGAAAGACGAUACUUACACAGCCCAUGCUGGAGCUAAGUUUCCUAUCAAAUGGACAGCACCUGAAGGGUUGGCAUUUAACAGAUUUUCAACAAGAUCUGAUGUAUGGGCAUUUGGUGUAUUACUGUGGGAGUUGGCUACUUUUGGGAUGUCUCCCUAUCCAGGAGUGGAAUUGACCGAGGUGUACCAUUUAUUAGAGAGGGGUUACAGGAUGGACAGACCAGCUGGAUGUCCUGCCAGUGUAUAUGAACUGAUGAUGAGAUGUUGGCAAUGGGAUCCUAAAGACAGACCAACUUUCAAAGAAAUUCACAACGUAUUAGAACAUAUGUUCGAAAAAUCCAGUAUUAGUGAAGAGAUUGAGAAAGAAUUGGAUAAAGAUCCAAAGAAAUUUCAAGGUUUACUUCCCCCAAAGAAGAAUCGUUCUGGUGCUAACUUACAAGGCUUGGAUAGUCCUGAUCUUGGGGAGGGCAGGAUCAGUGCAGGUCCUACACCACCAGUUACUAGACGAGGGCUGCCACCAAAGGAGGAUAAUGUUGAUGUUUUGUUACGUCAACAAGUCUCCAAAGCAGUUAUUGCCAAGGCUGCUGCUGCUAAGAAAAAGGGUGGACCUGCUCCUGCUCCUCCAAGAAGGACUACAUCAUGUAAGGAUCCAACUGAUAGCCAAAAAGAAAUGGAAAAUGAACUGAAGGCUAAAAUGAAACUUCAGAAAGCUAAAAUUGAAAGCUCAGUUCUCUUAGAAAAUUAUGACGAUGAUGAAUAUCAUGAAACUGGUAGUGAUGUUGGUUUAACUAUUUCACUGCAGCCUUCAAAACGACUAGAAUUAGGCUCGCCAAAAAGUUAUCAAAGAGAUGGAAAGGAUGUGAAAAUGGAGGAUAGUGGGAUUUCACAAAGUAGUACCGAAAGUUUAAAACGUGCUCAAAUUGACAAAUCGAAAUAUUUGAUCAAUACUGAUAGUGCUGUGAAAUCUUCUGCUUUCGAACAUUCUAAAGAGAGAAGUAGUGGGCGAAGUUUUAAUUUGCCAUACCAACGACAAUAUAGUAUUGAAAGUGGUGAAAGUGCUCACCGUGUUUCUAAGGAGACAAGUACUGAAGAAACAAAAGACAUGGUAUCUAAUUAUAAAGGGAAAUUUUAUCCUAAAAAAGCAUUACCGUUACCACAGCAGGCUCUCAUUAGGCGACAGUCAUCAGGUAGGACUAAUAAGACUCGUGAUGCAGAAAGUAGUGUGACAAUAGGACGGCUAGACGUAAAUAAUGUGACAAAAGCAAUCAGUAGGUAUGGAACUAUUCCUAAAGGCCGACGGAUAGAGGCCUAUCUAGCUUCAAUGGAAUCUGAAGUAGAAAGAAAUCAAAUUCCUGACCUGCCUGUAGUGGACGAUCAGGAUUCAGGAACUGAUACUGCUAGUGUUGCAUCAUGUCCUAACUUAAUGCCGGUUGAAGCAGUACAAGAUGCUGCAGAAAAACUAGUUUCACAUGGUCAACGAGAAAAUAGUGAUCCAGGUAUAAAGCCAGAACCUAAUGUGAAGCCAAGUAGUUUUGUAAAAUCUCAGUCACAAUAUGGUAUAGUUGAUAAUCAAAACCUUCCUAGCACUGGGUUACAGAGACAAAAGUCUGACGUGACACAUAGUAAUAAUGAGUUAGCUAGAAACUUUCCUGAUCAAAAACCCAAACCUAGUCCAAGGUUAUCACGUAUGUUUGAACCUCGUAGUGAGACGGAUCAUCCCCCACAUGUUAUUCAACCUUUACAUAAACCUUUAGUUGGAAUUGAUCAUAGUCCAGCUAGCACAGACUCGACAUUAAUUGGAAGUCCAGAUUCAGUUCUUGAUUCACGUAAACAUUCGGAUUAUAAAUCGCCUCGACCCACCUUUUCUCAUAAAAUGAGAUCUGCUUCGACAGGAGACUAUCCUUUGCAAAGUGAAUCUCCUGCAGCUGAAAAUAUAAAUGUUACAAACUCGUGGAGUGGAAAUACUUCAGAAUCUAUUACUGAGGAACAAGCAGAAGGAUAUUCUGUUUUGUCAAAAGUUGCAAUGUUUCAAUCACAAAAACCAGGCAAUUCUGAUUAUGGUGGGCCUUUCAAACCUUUUACGAGAAAUGAAAAUGGCCGAGAAUCAUUUUCUGAGAGACAUGAAGGUGCACGACCAUUAUCAGAUCUGAAUUAUAAAUCUCAUGUUAGUAAAGAUGACAAUAUUUAUAAACCUGUUUUACCAAAAAAUAUUCAAUCUGGACUACAAUCAGCACUUAUGUCAAAGUCCAUGAUUGAUACUUUGGAAACAGUGCCUGAAAAAUAUUCUGGACCUAAUUCUGAUUCAGAUGCUCCCAAAGUGACACAGGAAAGUGUUUUAAAGUCUGCUAAUGAAUUGAAUAGUUGUAUAGAGUCACUGACAGCUGCCGGGAACAAAACGAGCACAAAUUUUAUGGUUCUGUCGGAACAAAUUUUAACUUUUCAUGAACUAUGUUCACAUUUUAUUGACAAUUUAACAGUACAUGCCAAGUUUCAUGCUAAAGAAUUGUUAUCACAAUUGAAGGCUCAUAGUGAACAGUUAAAGAUCUACAACAGUGCAAACCCAGCGAGUGGAAUCAAGUUGACCAACGACGUUAAAGCAACCAUUCAAGAAAUACUAAGUCUUAUACAACGGUGAUUAAUGUAAACUUAUCAUAGAAAAUUUUACCUAGGUGUUAUCAUUUUGUCAAACACAGGCAGGCCAAGCAAAUUAAAAAAAAAUGUCUUUUUUUAAGUGUCCACAAGGCACAAGCAUAUAUGAUAUAUAUGUUUAUAUCAGAAUAGUUGACUUGAAAAAAAGAAAAAUGAUGUCUUUGCAUAGCCAUAUGUUGUUUUUCAUAAUCAAGAACUUGGAUUUGAAAAUAAUUAUAUUAUGAUAGUACAAUAUACAAGAGAACAAAGAGAUCGUAUAGAGGCAUAGAUAAAUAUCAUUUUUAAAUAUAUAAAUAAUUCCAAAUUCGUAUUCAUUUGUAUAUAAAAUCACUUCAGAAUAACUGACUUUUCGAAGAAUAUUUUCGAGACUUGAUUCCAAUCUACAUCAAUCUAUUCUUGAAAUAUUUUAUAUAGUUCAACUCCCCCCUGCCUUUUCCCCAAAUAUAAGCACAAUAGCAUAAUACAGUGUAUGUUUUAGGUUUUACCUGCCAAAGACAAUGGUCAGUAAUAUAUAACUUGUAUAAAUUGUUUAUAAAUUAACAUUUUAAUUGCCAGCAAAAAAGAUUAAAUGAAUUGUUCAUGUAUUUUUUAACAAGUACAAAUGUAGUAUAAAAAUUUGUGUUGAGGCAGAAUGCUUUCUUUUCAAGGUUGUCACAGAUUUUUUUUAUUCGCCUUAAUUUUAAUCGACUCUUAUAAGUUUGUAAUGUUUAGAAUUAUAAAAAAACUCAAUAAGGGUUGUCAGUUAUAAGUGUUAUUUCAUAUUAAAAGAAGUAUCUGGCUAUUGUAUGAAGCCUAAACGACUAGUAGAUUCUUUUUUGCACAUGUAUUUAUUCUAGACCCCCUUCAGUUAAAGAAUUGUCAUUGUACACCAAGCAUUUACAGAUUGUCAUCUAUGCAGUGAAAGAUUUAGGUUAAAUUAUAAAUAUUGAAAUAACUAAUUAUUUUGGAAAUAAAUAUAAAUGAAAAGUAGGAACCUGGCACUAAUUAUACUGCAGCUGUAGCAUUACAUACCAAAAUAACUACAUAAUACAUUCAAGUCAUUUUUGAACAAUUUUGAUACAUUAUUUUGUUCAGACAUUAUUUCAGUGUUACUUUUAGUACAAUUCUCUUAUUCUAUUGAUCACAUAUUGACAUUUGGAUGUACCUUUCAUAAGAAAUCCUACCUACCUACCUGAUUUUUCUCACAGAUUAAUCCCUAAACCAUGCAUACUUUUUGUUUGGCUAGGUUUAAGAAAAAGUUGUAAAAGACAUGGUUUUGCUCAUUGUUGAAAGCUUAACAGUAACCCAUAGUUGCUUAAUUAAUUUGACAUCAUUUUGUCUCUGAGUGAGAGUUGUCUCAUUGGCAAUCAUACCACAUCUUAGUUUUAUAUUUAUAAUGAACAAAUUGCACUCAGUUAAUGUUGCACAUGUCAAUUUCAUAAAUGGAAAUAAAAUUCCUACAUCUUUCACUGCCUAGGAUUUUGUUGGAGUAUUUGUAUUGUACCAAUUUAUCUGUCGUCUGCACAAUUUAAAUGGAAGAUUCCAAUUAAACAGCAUAUAGUGUGAUAUCCAACCAAAAUGUCAUCUUUCAGAAGAAAAAAUGUGAUAAUUUUUUUUGCAAUGAGAUUUUUUGGUGCUACAUGGCUAAUAAUAAGAUGUUUAUAAAUGAGGUGAUAUGUAUUAAAUACAUGUAAUGUACAUGUGUAUGGUUAGAUUUUCAAAUUAUUCUAAUCAUAAUUUUGGACCAAGUUUUUCAAAUCUGUUUGUAAUUAAUCGGACCAGUACUUUUGAUAUUGAUUAUUAAUGUAUGGAUUAUAACUAUAGAAAUAUUUAAACAUAUUUUAAACAUGACAUGCAAAGUUAAUUAUGGGCUGUUCCAAAAUUUAUCAUGUGGGGGAUGGGCAGAGGAAACACUCAAAAUAAUUUAAUAAGUGUGGUUCAAUUAACCUUUGAAUUUUGAUAGAAUUAUACAAAAUGGACAUUUUUAUUGCAUGGGUUGUUGGGGUCUAAUAACAUGAAUAAAGUGCCUCCAAUCUAAUGUGAUUAAUUUUGGAACAGCUCUAAGCAUUAUAUUGUUGCUUGAACUGGUCUUUCCUGGUAUACAAAUAUUGCCAUUUACAAAUAAUCUAAAAAAAAUAAUUGUUUGCUUUGAAAUUUUUUGUCGUUAGGUUAUUCCCAUUUCCUAUUUCAUCAUAAAGUAGUACAAAAUUAUCUCAAAUUUUGGUGCUGUAAUUUUCAUGAUAGAAACAAGUAAGUUUAUAGGUAUAUAAGUAGAUGAUAAGAAAAAAUAAUAUAUUUUACUUGUGCUAACCAUUUUACAAUUACAAUGGAAGCUAUUCAUUUGUAAAUAUGAACAAGUUUUCAGAGAAAAUAGAGGUUAUAAAUGGUUGCCUAUUUAAAAAUCAAAAACCUGCUGAAAAAAAAUCUUGUUUAGGUAUAUCAAAUACAAAGUUCAAUUCCUAUAGACAAAAUGAUUUGAAAUAAUGGCGUGAAAAAGAAAUCAGGUACAUUGUACGAUCAACAAUGUAAAUAUAAAAAAAAAUACCUGUUGUAAGAAAGUUAGUUUGCAGAUAUCAACUUUUUUUCUUUAAUGUAUUUUGGCUUAAAAUACCCAAAAGGAUAUUCUGCGAAUAAUUUAAAAUAUAUUUGAAUCAGUAGAUUUUGGAAUGGUCAUCAGUUGUUUGAUUUUUAUCAAAUCCUAACUUAUGUCUGCAUUAUCCUACAGUCAGUUGUUGCAAACGUUUGAAGGGUGUAACUUUUUUUUUGAAGCAGUUAUAAGUACUGGAAAAGUACACUAAGUUGUGACAAAUAAUAAUUUUUAUAAUAUAUAUGAAAUAUUGGAUUUUUAUGAUAUUUUACAUUAAGAAAUUGAAAAGUCCUGCAAGAAAAGUUGUGAUUUAUGACUUGAGGCAGAGUUGUGAUUUUUUUUCAGUACACAAUGAUAAAUUUACAUGAUUCUUGUGACUAGAUUUUAAGAUAUGCAUAAAUUCACAUCUGUUUUAAUAUUUAGAUCAUUUGAAGUUAUAUAGGGUCUAAGAAAGCCCAAUAGGAAUUAGAAACUAGUUGUGUAGUGUAUAGUUUUUUCAGAAUUAUAUAAAUAAGCAUUGAAUAUUCAGGGUUGUCACAUGAUACAUGUUAUAUAUAUGUAAGCGCAUUUCAAAUAUAUUCGUUUAGGCUUUAAAAGUUACUAAAUAAAUUUUUUGAAGAGAGAAACAAUCUAAUAUCUGAUUUAACUUGCAUUAUUAUAUCUUAAAUUUCUCAAGUCUUACUUUGGUAAAAUUGAAAUGUAUAUAAAAAAAACUGUGCUUAAAAAGUCUAAGUUAGAUUUGUGAUAAGAAAUCAUGACUUAGUGCAAAAAAAAAUAAUGUGAUGAAUAUGCAAUUUUUUUAGUUCAUCGAGUUACUUCCCUUUGUAACUUACUAAGAGUUGAAAGAAAUACAACUUGUAUUGAUAAUUUGAUGUGCCUUUAUUUUAUUAAAUGAUAUUUCCCUGUAAACUUACUUUGAGUGGGGAAAAUAAUUAAUGCUUGAGAUUUAUUCUUUCAAUUUAACAUUUCUUAGAAAUGAAGCCACCAUGGUUUUAAAAAUAAGAUUGAGCUAGUAUUUAACAAAAAAUAGAAGUGUUCAUGUAAUCGUGGUAACAUAUAGAUAAUAUUACCUUGUCUGAUAUGAUAUGUAAUAAUAGAUUAAAAUUGUACUUGGAAAAGAUUAUAUUUUAUUGAAAAUGUGUGAAAACUUUGCUUUUUCUUUCUUCUGUCAUUCUUAUAAUACUCUAUGUAAAUAGUACAUAUUUAAUAACUAAAUGUAAUAAACAAAUAUCAGCAUUUUUGUAAUUUAUUGAGUUGUAUUGGUGAAAACUAAUGCAUUUGCAUAAUUUUGAGAGACUUGUAAGAGAAUUGAAUAUAUAACUAGAAUGUCCGAACAUGUUCAUGUAGUGUCUGAUGGUUUGUGUCCAUGUUAAGGUUAUUUUAAAAGAACAAACUUAUAUAAAAUGUUUAGAAGAGAUUUUCAACAAAAUUGACAAUCAUAUCAAAAUGGUCUAAAAUAAAAAUUUGAAUAUGAAAAUCAGAGAUCCUUGAUCGUGAAUUUUUAAUAAGACAUUUUAAUUUAAAUUAAUUGUAGAAAAUUUGCAUGAAAUAUUUACAACUACCCAUCAAGAAAACAAUGAAUCAAUAAAAAUGAAAGUCACAACAGUUUUCACUCUACAUUUUAAACAAUUGUAAUUGAAGUUGCUAAUACCUUAACAUGGACAUAACCUGUUUGAUAGAAUUGCUGCCAAAUUAUAGCAAUCAUCUGUUUGUGUUUCCUUAGUAAAAUGUCUGUAUACUUUCUGCUUCUUUCUGCUUAAAAAGCAGUGCACAUGCAAGAAAAUACAAGUUGCAUGGGAUAAAGAAUUGAAAAAAAUUUAGCCUUGAAUCAUAUCACUGAAUUGAGUACCGGUAAUAAGUAUUAUGUUAAAAGCCUAAGUCCUUUUUGGGAUAAGGUCUUUGUCGCUAGAUAACAGCUAUUUGUACAAGUAUAUUGCGUUUAAUUUGAUAAACUGAUUUGUUCUUCUCAAAUUGACCAGCAGUUUAGAGAAGAAAACCAAUAAUAAUACGAAAGACUAACUUUAUAAGUACAUAAAAAUAAUAAUAGCUUUUAUCAGCUUGUUUCUCAUGCUGGUAAUAUUUAUAGAAGAGUUUUGGUAAUUAGAAGAACAAAUCGCAUUUAAAUUAUACAUUGAUUAUGAUGUAUCAGUUCUGAUUGGUCAAUUCUUAUCCUUUGAAGCUUGUGUUUCAUCCACACAUGAAAAGUGUUCAUUUAUCUCAUUAUGCUUUAUAAGAUCAAGAUGCAUCUUCAAAAUAGUUUUUAAAUUAGACAUCUAAAGAAGUCAUAAUCUUUUGAUUAUAAGACUAUGGAAACUGAGUGCUGUGGAUUCAUUCAACUUUGUUCAAUUCAAUCAUGGAUUUAGGAAAAAAUAUGGAUAUUUUAUUAUCUUGAUUUCGCUAUAGUCUGACUUCCAGCCUAUAGAAAAUUUAUACUUUUUUUCUACAUUAAAAAUUUGUGGAAUACCAAUACCCAUAAAAUCCACAUAAAUUUUUACUCCACGAAUAAUAAUAAAUCCACAGUAUAUAAAUUAUCCAGAUAGCAUUUUACUUGAAUAACUCAUUAACUGUCCUUCAUGUGCAUGUAAAUAUGCUUCUGAGUAAGUGAGUCAAUUAUGUGAGGAAGAACCAAGUUAAUCAUGUGAUCUUGGUAUUUUUUUUUAAGAUCAUGUGGUGGUCAUGUGACAAAAUUUUAAAUAAUCAUGUGAUACUUGUAUACAAAGUGUAUUUCUAAGUGCUCUUUAUGAAAAAAGUUUUAUACAACAAUUAAAACAAUUUUAACAAAAUAUGCUUUGCUUUAAUGUAAGAAUGUUUUUAUAAAUAAUGUAUAUUUAAACUGAAACUUGUGCUUUAAACUUGAGGAAUGUAUGAGUAUAAUACAGUGUAUAUCAAUGUACAUUUCAUGUCAAUUAAAAAAUCAGAUCAUUUUGUCAA